AAUUUCCUGGUGCGCAUCUUGAAAUCUUUGCGGACUCUUGUGCUAUUUCCUUCUCUCUUUCUCCUUCCAAAACAACUCCCCCUGUAUUUCUUUUUUCCCACCACCACUUCCGCCGCAACAAAGACUGCUCUCGGAUGAAACAUUCUACCGGAAAAAGCAGAGGAAUCAAUCAUGUCAAACAUACCCACGUCUCUCUCUGAAGUCUGUCUCACUCUUUUCCGUCUAGCCAUGUCCAUAACCGACCCUUGGCCUUUCUCUUAGAUUUUCUCCGCACCCGCCGUCUUUGUACACCUUCCUGUCUAGGGUUUGUCGCAUUUUUUGGGGGAAAAAGAAUUCAUGGGCAGGAUACGAGGUUUCUUGCUCAAACACCGAGUCACCACACUUUUUCGGCGGGUUUUCCGGCGUCCUUCUGCUUUCCACCGCCUAGACCCACCUCAAGGCGCCCGUGUGAAACCCUUCUCCGGGCUCAUUCUCUGGACUCACCGCCUCCGGACCAAAGCAAAGUCACUUCUGUGUAGGAAUCUUGAUCCGGGUCGAGGGUACAUUCGUGCGGGGCAGGAGCCUGUUUUGGAGAAGCCCGCGCCUGUCCCGAAAGGGCACAUGGCGGUUUACGUGGGUCAAAAAGAUGGCGAUUUUCAGAGGAUUUUGGUGCCCGUUGUGUAUUUCAAUCACCCUUUGUUCGGGGAUUUGCUGAAAGAGUCCGAAAAGGAGUACGGGUUCAAUCAUUCCGGAGGGAUUACCAUACCAUGUCGGAUCUCGGAGUUUGAGCGUGUCCAGACCCGGAUCAAGGCAGUUCAGUGUAACCGGAAAUUGCUGUCGUGGAAGAGAAACCGCAGGAGUUUGACUGUGUCUUGAACAUGAUGAUGACGAUAAAAACGUGGUUGUGGUGAUUAAAGAUUAUUUAGCAACUUCUCUUUUGAUGAUAUAUUCUAGUAUUUAUUUGGAAUUAUUGUAGCUUUGAUUCACAGUGUAUGGUUGUGUAGAUAUGGAGAUUUUUUAGAUCAUAAUUAUUUCCGUAGUUUCAAUCUACUAAAACAAAUAUAA